CAAGAUGGCGGCGGGCCGGAGCCGGGCCUCCUCCUCCUCCUCCUCCUCCUCACCACUCUCAGCCCCGCCGAUUGCCGCCGCCUCCUCCCCCGUCUCCUCCUCCUCCUCCUCCUGCAACAGCAACUGCGAGCGCUGCGGCGCCGGGCCGCUCUCCCGGAGCUCGGGAGGGGGCUAGACCGGGCCGCGGGCGCGCAGGCGACGAGGCCGAAGCUGGGGCCGGGGCGGGGACGGCGGCGGCGGUGGCGGCGGCGACGCCGGGUGGGGAUGGGGUCGCAGACGCUGCAGAUCCUCCGGCAGGGGGUGUGGGCCGCGCUCAGCGGCGGCUGGUACUACGACCCGCACCAGGCCACCUUCGUGAACGCGCUCCACCUCUACCUGUGGCUCUUUCUGCUCGGCCUGCCCUUCACGCUUUACAUGGCCCUUCCUUCUUCCAUGAUUAUAGUAGCAGUUUAUUGUCCCGUGGUAGCUGCUGUUUUCAUUGUUCUGAAGAUGGUCAACUAUCGACUGCACAGAGCACUUGAUGCUGGAGAAAUUGUGGAUAGGCGCACAAAUGAGUUCCCAGAUCAGCGAGCCAAAGCCGAACAAGGCAACUGUUCAACCAGGAGGAAAGACAGCAAUGGUCCCAGCGAUCCUGGUGGAGGGAUUGAGAUGUCGGAAUUCAUCCGAGAGGCCACCCCUCCGGUCGGCUGCAGUUCAAGAAAUUCUUACGCUGGUCUAGACCCAAGCAACCAGAUUGGAUCUGGGUCCUCUCGACUUGGAACAGCAGCAACGAUUAAAGGAGACACAGACACUGCUAAGACUUCUGAUGACAUAAGUUUAAGUCUGGGCCAGAGCUCUAGUCUUUGUAAGGAAGGAAGUGAAGAACAAGAUUUGGCAACUGAUCGAAAGCUCUUCCGCUUGGUCUCCAAUGACUCCUUCAUCUCUAUUCAGCCUUCCUUGUCCUCUUGUGGACAGGACUUACCAAGGGACUUCAGCGACAAAGUGAGCCUGCCAAGUCAUAGCCAGCACCACCACGUCGAGCAGUCACUGUCCAGCGCCUGUGACACAGAAGUCGCUUCUCUUGUACCUUUACAUUCACACUCUUACAGGAAAGAGCACCGGCCACGAGGGGUGCCACGGACUUCCAGCUCUGCCGUGGCUUUUCCUGAUGCCUCACUGAAUGACUUUCCUCUUUACCAGCAGAGACGGGGAUUAGACCCAGUCAGUGAGUUAGACUCUUCUAAGCCCCAUUCGGGGUCCAGAGAGUCCUUAGUGGAAAAGUCUUGUCCACCUGCAGAAUUUCAGCCUGCUGGUGACUUGAGAAAAAGUAAUUCUCAACCACCCACAAAGUGUGGGAAGAGCAGAGCACUGAAUGCCGACAAAAGCGUGGACAGCCUGAGGAGCCUGAGUACACGGAGUAGUGGGUCCACUGAGAGCUACUGCAGUGGGACAGACAGGGACACCAACAGUACUCUGAGCAGCUACAAAAGUGAGCAGACCAGCUCCACUCACAUUGAGAGCAUCUUGUCUGAGCACGAGGAGUCUCCUCAAGUGGGGAAGAGGACCGCCAGGAAGAAGUGCUGUGCUGACUCGGCAGAAGAGAGGGGCCACGGUGCGGGGGACCAGAGGACUAGCAGCGACAAGGCUGCCCCAGAGGGGCGGGCAUCUGGCGGGCCUCCUGAGGACCCGGAUGCUCAGGCAUCUGGGGAGGGACCUGACCAGGUUGCUCCUAGCAGCUCUGCCUCCGAAGAUGCCAAUAAAAACCCCCAUGCAAAUGAGUUUACCGGCCCCGGGGACAGGCCAUCUGAGCCAAGUGCAGAGAGCAAAGAGGAGCAGAGUGAGAAGACCAGCAUUUCCACAGACUCCAGAGUUUGUAAAGACAGUGGUGGGAAGCAGAAGGAAGGCGAUGUCCGGCCCAAAUCCUCCAGCGUCAUCCACCGGACGGCCUCUGCCCACAAGCCAGGCAGGAGACGCACAGGAAAGAAGCGGGCCAGCAGUUUUGACUCCAGCCGCCACAGGGACUAUGUCUCCUUUCGAGGAGUCUCUGGAAGCAAGCCUCACAGUGCUGUGUUUUGCCAUGACGAGGACUCCAGUGAUCAAAGUGACCUGAGCAGAGCACCGAGUGUGCACUCUGCUCACCAGUUCAGCAGCGACAGCUCUUCCAGUGCCACCUCUCAUUCGUGCCAGUCUCCGGAGGGCAAAUACGGUGCCCUCAGGACCAAGCAUGGCCAUAAGGACCGGGGCACAGACUCAGACCACACACACAGAACUCAUCCAGGCCCUGAGGGAACCGCCAAAAAGAGGGCCACCCGCAGGACUUCCAGCACCAGCAGUGCCAAGACGCGGGCUCGGGUGCUGAGCUUGGACAGUGGCACUGUGGCCUGUUUGAAUGACGCCACCAGGCUGCUGGCACCCGAGAGCAUAAAGCCCUUAACCACGUCAAAGUCCGAUCUCGAGGCCAAAGAGGGGGAGGUGCUGGAUGAGCUCUCUUUACUGGGCCGGGCUUCCCAGCUAGAGACAGUCACUCGGUCUAGGAACAGUUUGCCAAGCCAGGCUGCAUUUCCUGAAGGGCAAGAGCAAGAUGCAGCCCCUGGAGCAGCACAGGCCAGCGAGGAGACAGUGGCUUUUCGCCGGGAACGCAGUACAUUUAGGCGCCAGGCAGUACGGCGCCGGCACAAUGCAGGGAGUAACCCUACCCCUCCUACCUUGCUCAUCGGAUCACCCCUAAGCCUUCAAGAUGGUCAGCAAGGCCAGCAGUCCACAGUCCAGGUCAAAGUCCAGUCCCGCCCCCCAUCCCAGGCCGCAGUGCUCAGUGCUAGUGCCUCCUUGCUGGUGAGAAAAGGGAGUGUCCACUUAGAAGCCUCACAUGACCAUGCGUCUGCUGUAGGCGGCAGCAGUUUGCACGAUGAACUUGGGAAGUUGUCAUCUACGCUGUAUGAGACUGGUGGCUGUGACAUGUCACUUGUGAACUUCGAACCAGCAGCAAGAAGAGCGUCCAAUAUCUGUGACACAGAUUCUCAUGUAUCAAGUUCUACCUCAGUUCGAUUUUAUCCACAUGAUGUGUUUUCUCUCCCACAGAUUCGGUUGAACAGACUGUUGACCAUUGACACAGAUCUGCUGGAGCAGCAGGACAUUGAUCUCAGCCCCGACUUGGCAGCCACUUACGGCCCCACCGAAGAAGCUGCCCAAAAAGUUAAACAUUAUUACCGCUUUUGGAUCCUACCCCAGCUGUGGAUUGGCAUUAACUUUGACAGGCUCACUCUUUUGGCACUGUUUGAUAGAAACCGUGAGAUCCUGGAGAAUAUAUUAGCUGUUGUCCUGGCUAUUCUCGUGGCUUUUUUGGGAUCCAUUCUUCUCAUCCAAGGCUUCUUCAGAGACAUCUGGGUGUUCCAGUUCUGCCUGGUGAUAGCUAGCUGCCAGUACUCGCUGCUCAAGAGUGUCCAACCAGAUUCUUCUUCUCCCAGACAUGGUCAUAAUCGUAUCAUUGCCUACAGUAGGCCAGUUUACUUCUGUUUAUGUUGUGGUCUUAUUUGGCUCUUGGAUUAUGGCAGUAGAAACCUAACUACAAGCAAGUUCAAAUUAUAUGGAAUAACUUUCACCAAUCCACUGGUGCUUCUAUCAGCCAGGGAUUUGGUUAUAGUGUUUACACUCUGUUUCCCAAUAGUAUUUUUCAUUGGUCUCCUGCCUCAGGUGAACACUUUUGUAAUGUACCUUUGUGAACAAUUGGACAUCCAUAUCUUUGGUGGAAAUGCCACCACCAGCCUGCUUGCAGCGCUGUACAGUUUCCUCUGCAGCAUCGUGGCCGUGGCCUUGCUGUAUGGGCUGUGCUAUGGAGCUCUAAAGGAUUCAUGGGAUGGCCAGCACAUUCCAGUGCUUUUCUCCGUUUUUUGUGGUUUGUUAGUGGCCGUGUCCUAUCAUCUCAGCCGACAAAGCAGUGAUCCAUCUGUCCUCUUCUCUCUGAUGCAAUCCAAGAUUUUUCCAAAAACUGAAGAGAAAAACCCAGAAGACCCCCUGUCUGAAGUGAAAGACCCACUGCCGGAAAAGCUUAGCAAUUCUGUUAGUGAGCGUUUGCAGUCCGACCUGGUGGUGUGUGUUGUCAUCGGUGUGCUGUACUUCGCCAUCCACGUGAGCACCGUGUUCACAGCGUUGCAGCCUGCUCUCAAGUAUGUGCUCUACGCACUGGUUGGCUGUGUGGGGUUUGUAACCCAUUACGUGUUGCCUCAAGUGAGGAAACAGCUGCCCUGGCACUGCUUCUCCCGUCCUCUGCUGAAGACAGCCGAGCACAACCAGUACGAAGUCCGAAAUGCAGCCACUAUGAUGUGGUUUGAAAAACUUCACGUGUGGCUUCUGUUUGUGGAGAAGAAUAUCAUCUAUCCGCUGAUUGUCCUCAAUGAACUCAGCAGCAGCGCAGAGACAAUCGCUAGCCCGAAGAAACUGGACGCAGAGUUGGGAGCUUUGAUGAUCACCAUCGCUGGCCUGAAGCUGCUGCGGUCCUCCUUCAGCAGCCCCACAUACCAGUACAUCACUGUCAUCUUUACUGUGCUCUUUUUCAAGUUUGACUAUGAAGCCUUAUCAGAGACCAUGCUGCUGGACCUCUUCUUUAUGUCCAUCCUGUUCAGCAAGCUCUGGGAACUCCUCUACAAACUCCAGUUCGUGUACACCUACGUCGCGCCUUGGCAGAUCACGUGGGGCUCUGCAUUCCAUGCUUUUGCUCAGCCCUUUGCGGUGCCCCACUCGGCCAUGCUGUUCGUCCAGGCGCUGGUGUCGGCCUUCUUCUCCACACCACUGACCCCCUUCCUCGGCAGUGCCAUCUUCAUCACCUCCUACGUGAGACCUGUCAAGUUCUGGGAGAGAGACUACAACACAAAACGUGUGGACCAUUCAAAUACCAGAUUGGCUUCUCAGCUUGAUAGAAAUCCAGGCUCAGACGACAACAACCUGAAUUCCAUCUUCUAUGAGCAUCUAACCAGAUCCCUACAGCACAGCCUGUGCGGUGAUUUGCUGUUGGGGAGGUGGGGAAACUGCAGCACCGGGGACUGUUUCAUCCUUGCCUCUGACUAUCUCAACGCAUUAGUACACCUCAUAGAGAUCGGCAACGGCCUGGUCACUUUCCAGCUGCGGGGACUUGAAUUCAGAGGUACCUACUGUCAGCAACGAGAAGUGGAAGCCAUCACAGAAGGCGUGGAAGAAGACGAAGGCUUCUGCUGUUGUGAGCCUGGCCAUGUUCCUCACGUGCUGUCCUUUAACGCUGCAUUUGGCCAGCGCUGGCUGGCUUGGGAAGUGGUGGUCACGAAGUACAUCCUGGAGGGCUACAGCAUCACGGACAACAGUGCUGCCUCCAUGCUCCAAGUCUUUGACCUCCGCAGAGUGCUUACCACUUACUACGUCAAGGGGAUCAUCUAUUAUGUGACAACCUCCUCUAAGUUAGAGGAGUGGCUGGCGAAUGAGACGAUGCAGGAAGGGCUGCGUCUGUGUGCUGACCAAAACUAUGUUGAUGUGGACCCGACUUUCAACCCAAACAUCGACGAAGACUAUGACCAUCGUCUGGCAGGCAUAUCUCGGGAGAGUUUCUGUGUGAUUUACCUCAACUGGAUAGAGUACUGCUCUUCCCGGAGAGCAAAGCCACUGGAUGUGGACAAAGAUUCCUCCCUGGUGACUCUUUGUUAUGGACUCUGUGUUCUGGGACGGAGAGCUUUGGGAACAGCCUCCCACCAUAUGUCCAGUAACCUGGAAUCGUUCCUCUAUGGAUUGCACGCCCUGUUUAAAGGGGACUUCAGGAUUUCUUCAGUCCGAGAUGAGUGGAUUUUUGCUGACAUGGAACUGUUGAGAAAAGUUGUAGUGCCUGGAAUCCGGAUGUCCAUUAAACUCCAUCAGGACCACUUCACUUCUCCGGAUGAGUACGACGACCCCACUGUGCUCUACGAAGCCAUCGUGUCUCAUGAAAAGAACCUUGUGAUCGCCCACGAAGGGGACCCUGCAUGGCGGAGUGCAGUCCUUGCCAACUCUCCCUCCUUGCUGGCUCUGCGGCAUGUCAUGGACGAUGGUACCAAUGAGUACAAGAUCAUUAUGCUCAACCGACGCCACCUGAGCUUCAGGGUCAUCAAGGUGAACAAGGAAUGUGUCCGAGGUCUCUGGGCAGGGCAGCAGCAGGAGCUUGUUUUCCUCCGGAACCGGAACCCCGAGAGAGGCAGCAUCCAGAAUGCAAAGCAGGCCCUGCGAAACAUGAUAAACUCGUCUUGUGAUCAGCCUAUUGGCUACCCGAUCUUUGUGUCACCCCUGACAACGUCUUACUCCGACAGCCAUGACCAGCUCAAAGAAAUUCUUGGGGGACCAAUCAGCUUGGGGAAUAUCCGGAACUUCAUAGUGUCCACCUGGCACAGGUUAAGGAAGGGUUGUGGAGCUGGCUGUAACAGUGGUGGCAAUAUUGAAGAUUCUGACACUGGAGGUGGGACUUCCUGUCCUGGGAACAAUGCAGCCACGGUCAGUGACCCCCAUGGCAACGUGUCCCAGGGGAGCACUGGGAACCCGGGACAGGCAGCAGGGUCAGGACUGCACCCGCCCACCACAUCGUACCCGCCAACACUAGGCACUAGCCACAGCGCCCACUCGGUGCAGUCCAGCCUGGUCAGACAGUCCCCAGCGCGAGCCUCCAUGGCCAGCCAGUCUUCCUACUGCUACGGCAGCCGGCACUCGUCCCUCCGGAUGUCCACCACGGGCUUCGUGCCCUGCCGGCGCUCCUCCACCAGCCAGAUAUCACUCCGAAACCUGCCGUCCUCCAUCCAGUCCCGCCUCUCCAUGGUGAACCAGAUGGAGGCCACCAGCCAGGGCGGCGUGGCCUGUCUGCAGCACGGCCUGCCCUCCUCCAGCAGCUCCAGCCAAAGCAUCCCAGCCUGCAAGCACCACACCCUCGUGGGCUUUCUUGGGGCAGAGGGCAGCCAGAGCAGCGCCACUGAGGCCCCGCCAGGCAGCGCCUUCAGUCCUGCCAACGGAUCCCAUGCCAGGAAGGGGGAGGUGAUUUACAGAGUCCAGAUUGUGGAUCUCAGUCAGAUUCUGGAAGGGAUUAACCUGUCAAAAAGGAAAGAGCUGCAGUGGCCUGAUGAAGGAAUUCGGUUAAAAGCUGGGAGAAACAGCUGGAAAGACUGGAGUCCCCAGGAGGGCAUGGAAGGCCAUGUGAUUCACCGAUGGGUGCCUUGCAGCAGAGACCCAGGUACAAGGUCCCACAUCGACAAGACAGUGCUCCUGGUCCAGAUUGAUGAUAAAUACGUGACUGUCAUUGAAACUGGGGUCCUGGAACUGGGGGCAGAAGUGUGAGCCUGCAUCGUGCACCUGUGUUCCUUUCUCGAGAGAGAGUAAGGCUGCAGAAGACCCCCUGCGGGACUGGCUGCCCUUCCCAGCCAAGACUUGAACAGUGGCCUGGUUAAGCGCCUCCACCCGACUCCUGUCACUGUCUCCACCCCCAAAUAAAGCCGAACUAUUUUUUUAAGUUAGCUGCAUGAAAGGCAAAUCUGUCGGAGCCUGUCUCUGAAAGGCUCUCUAUGCAUUUAUGCUUUAACCCACAGGCUCUUGUCUCUAACUCUGAGCUCAUAUUUUUCUAAUUUCUUUGCCAAAAACAGUUGCCAUGGUUUUUGUCGUAGAAAAUGAAAUCCAUUGACCAUGAUUUUUACAAACAGACCCAUGUGGAAACAUUCAGUUUGACACAUAACAGUAUAAAAGUAUAAUGUACAGUGAGAAAGAUGAUGAAUAGACGUAGGUUUAUCUUAUUCCUUGAAAGCUAAAAACUUUAAUGAAAAAAACUGCACUAAUUUUUUACAGCAAUGCACUAAAUCUGAGAUUUCUCAGAACAUUUAUUUAUAUAUAAAAAUAAAAUACCAUUAUUUAAAUUGCCUUCAGGAUUAGCCCCCCUCCCCCGACCCAUAGCCCCCAGGACCUGCUGGUCCUUUUCUGUUAGUGUGCUGGACUCUGGAGACACACACAUAGCUUCAUCCCUGACUUUUCCCAGAGCUGGUGACAGAGGAUCGGCCUGGCGAGCGCCACCGCCAGCCGCCCUCUCUCUUCUCAAGUGUGCCACGCCUCUCCAGCUGGGGCCAGGCUCUGGAGUUACUUCUGGAACAUGCUUUUGCUUUUCAAGAUGACGAAGGCCCAGGAACUUGAAGGAUCGGUUGCCUUUUGUUUGAAGAGUUCCUAGCUCUUGAAGUUACUCAUGAAGUUCGGUUUCUCAAGUAAAAGUUUUUCAAACAAAAUUGUCUAUGUGGCGCAAUUCUUGCUCUGUCGUCUUUAGCAGUUCCGCACUUUGCUUCCUCCGUGUUCCUUUUCUAUUACUUGAAUUGAUUUCCUGUGAUUUAUGGUGUAUACCUGUCAUUUAAGAUAUUUAUAACUGUGCAAUUGACUUAAUUCAUAUGUUGUCUCAUAAAUUAUAUUGGUUUUUAAGGAGCAUGUAUUCAGGGAAUUCUGUACCUUGGAUUUACAGUGAGGCUGCGUGCAAACUACAGUUUAGGUUUCAUUUGCAACUUGGAGCAUUUUUAAAAUGCUUGAAAUUCCCCUUGUUUUAAACUCCAAAGAAAAUCGCCCGUCUCCUCAGAGCACCUGGGAGCAGCCAUCUGUCUCCCCAUGGACAGACCGCAGAAAGAAGCUGGUCAUCUGUCUGAGCUGUGACCAUUCCAACGUGUGGCACUGGCCAGUUGACUCGGUGGCGUCUGUGUGAGGCCACACGGAUGUAAUACCUUCUGAGGGGAGAGGAGAGAGCUGUUGUUCCCACUGACUAGGAUCCAGGUGUCACGUGUGGCCUGACGGGACAGGAGACAGGAUGAGAGCUGGCGGCGGCAGCCGGGAGGAGUCUUCCCACACCUGUGCUUCAAACCCUGUUCGUUUCCCCGUGUUACUCUCGAAAUCGGUGGUCGUUCCGAACCCAAUGUGCCUUGUAUUGACGUUUCCAUAGACUUUAAACUUUGCAGACUUUAUUGUUGAAAACUAUUUGUCAGAUGACUUAUUGAUCCUUUACAAAAGGAGCCCUUUCUAUCUCUAAAUUGACCACUUUACGGUGUCUCUUCCCGCUUCUGGUCCUCUGUUCUGUUGCCUCAUUUGGGCAGAUCCUUGCUGUACAGUGUGUUCCGUGGUGGUCUUUCUGACGCUAAGCACCCAGCCUGUGUGUCCGUGUUUCAAACCUCUCAAAGGACUUUGUGCUCCCUGCUGCUGGUUCCCUUCCCUGCUCAGAACCGAGUCUGAUCUUUUCAUGACUGUUCCUAGGCGGAGAAGUAAGUGGAGGGUUUGCCGUCUAAGGAGGAAGAUGAUCUGUCUUGCCACAGAGAAAGCAUCAGAAGAUGAACUUUAGAUGAUUUGGUCAAAGGUCAGAAUUCUGUUUAUGCCGAGUCCCUCUCAUGAUUGUUAGGUAUUAAAUGCUCUGGAAGUAAGAUCCCACAUGUAAGACGGGGUUCUGUAUGGAACAUGUAUAUCAUCAAGUCUUAAUUUGGGAAAGUUGGACAUUUUUCUUGAAACAAGGUAUUGUUGUUACUAUAUAACUUUAUUAAAUUUAUAAAUUAGGAACCCUAAGAGAAGUCUUGUUUUUAGUUUUUUAAUCUAAAACUGAUAACCUUAAAAAAAUACUUUUCUAAUUUUAGCAGGGAGGAUAGCGAUAAUUGAAGAUUUGUGUCUGAAGAUUAAAUUUAUUAUAGAUUCUUUGUCUCCCAGUACCCACCUAGAUAGCAAGUUAGUAUUUUAGAUUUUCUGCUUAGCAUUUCUCACUAAAGUACAAAACUCCAGCAUACUUCAGUGCUUUUAACGUAAUUUUGCAAGUAGUUGAAACAACUUUUUAUUUCCUUUAGAUAGAGCUGCACCAUUGAAGUCUCUGAUUUUCUUUCUUAUCUUGCCCCACUUUGAGUGGACAAUCCUGGAAUGGCCUUGAUUUCAUCUUUAAUGACAAAAAUUAAAAACAAAACAACCAACUAUUUGUACCCCUAAACGAGGCUUUUGAUGACUCUUUCAGCCCAUAUCGUGGUGGGAACUCCCCUUCUACACCAUUUUCCAGAGCCAAAAAUACUUUUCAAGUGUGUCUUUUGCUAAGGAGCUUUACUUUGUCCUUGAGGCUAGAUUAGCAUGCAGUGGUGUGGCACAUGGGACUUGGGAGGGUAGAGAUGAGGCGAUGUGGAAGCUUUACAAGAAGACAGUAAUUACUUCUGAGGCGAGUGGGCAAGCAUUCCGUGUUCUGACUUCUGUUUCCGCUGGCAGGGGAUAAAAUUCCAUUAGAUUGGAGGUGUUUUGAAAAAAAAAUUUUUUUGAAGUAUAUUGAUAAUACUUCCAGUGCUUGAACCAGAAGAGAACAGACAAUAUUUCUCUCUUGAAAGACAUAGAAAAUGACUCUGGGUACUGAAUGUUAAACAGUGCCCAUGCAAAUUCUUAUAUAGGAAACCAUAGGUCAUUAUGAACUCGUUCUGAAUUAGUUUUUGUGUCUCCUAUGAAAUAAGCCUCACACUUGAGCAAGGGUCACAUGCCCUUUGUAAAUUCUGCUUAGUUUCCUACCAGCAUCUUUCUGCCUCAGCCUAGAACUCACCUGAUGGGUUGCAGUCUUGAGGAAUUCAUCAAAAAGUGGGUCUUUAAUAUUUGCCCAGUGUCUAAAAUUAUCUCUCUUUUUAGCUAAAUUUCUAUCAUCUUUUGUUCUAAAUAUGUGACUUGAAAAAAAAAUAGUGUUAUGGGAGAAUUCUUUGAAUUUAUGUUUACUAGCUAUCAAAAUAUAAACUGCUGUCCAGUGUGUUAAUUACUUUUAUAUUUAAGUACUUUCUCAUUAAUACAAGCAAAUUUAUUUCUGGGUUUUUAUUUUUUUAAGUCCUCAGUAGUCUUUCUCAUCUCUUGUAGUAAUUAUAUAAAGUUACUUUGGACACAGACUCACUUCACUUUUCUUGUGAGACAAUACACUGUUCAGAUAAGCUUGGUCCCUUCUUCUAGAGCCAUUUUCUUUAACUCCAAGAUGAAUGGAAAUUCAGUAAAGACUUAAAAUGGUGCAUGGAGCCUGCUGUUGGCCUUUGAACUUUCUCUUUCAGUCUUAGAUGGAUAUUGAGUUUUACUGAUCAGGAGAAAGGUAAAUUAGAUUCUGCAGUGUGUUUCAGGUGGUACAGAUUUGAAUAUGUUGGAUACACAGGCAUUUUAUAAAAUAAGUAUUUAAGUCCAGGCCUUUUCCUCAUUCUCUUUUAAAAUCAUCUUGUCGAUGAACACCCAAGCUGUCUCAUUUGAAACUUGUUAACCUAUUCACUAGCUGUAAUCAGAAAGGAAUUGGUUAUCAAAUAGGUCUGGAAGGCUCUAACCUGGCUUGAAUAGAGAGGUCUAUUUUCUGUAAUGAGUCACCUCCCCAGAGUUACCUGUCAAGAACUGUGUGGUAAGAGUUUCUUUUUCUUGCCUAGAAACAGCUGUCUGUCCUUUCUGAAUUGGGUCAGACGCUCAUCUGUAAGCUGAACAUCCUGAUGUGCCACUUUGUGGACUCAGCGUAGAAUUGCCCAUGACUCAAGCUGAUGGUCAUGCAGGGUUACACACAGCUUGGACGUCAUACUUAGGCCUAUUAUAUAGGCUCUCCCUCUUCUUCUGAUUCAUUGGAACCAGUAGGAGUAACAGAGGUCCUCUGACAGGUGGUGAGGGUGAGUCUGCAUUACCUGCACAUCUGCACCACAGAGACAAGAUGGCUGCUCCAGAUGACUCUUGGGGUCGGUGUGCUUGUUUUUGAACAAAAUUCUUUGUAUGUGAAGCUUGAGUCGGAAACCAAAACAAUAGAAAUGGGAGAGUUGUAUCGGCUCGUGCUUUUUUAAAGCUCUACUUUCAGGACAUUGUCAACAUUGAUUACAUUAACCCUGUUCAAGUCUGGCAGCGAGUUCUGCGUGAGGAAAAGGAAGAAGGGAUAUGUUAGAAAUGGUUGGGGGUGAGUGGAUCUGUAAAAGGAGGACAGCUUUCCCUUUUCUGAUCAUGGGCUCUGAAAGGUCAUUGCCUUUACCAGCAUUCAGUAUACACCCGAGAUAAGGCUAUGUGUCCUUGCGCGUGUCUGUGAGUGUGUGUGAGUGUUACUGUAAACUGCUUGUAAAUACUGUAGUUGUAUAAAAUGGAAAAUAAAGCUGAGAGGUCUUUUGACAUAUAUUCAUCAGAAAAAAUACAGUAUUGGCCGUGGAUAAAAACACAGGAAAUAAACCUUUUUCAUUUUGC